AUGCUUGCCUCGCCUCGCAUUUCCAUUUGCCUGAGGUUCAGACAUGAGGGGGAGUCGGUAACCUUCUCCAUAACGUGGCGCUGCAUCGUACAGCCGUCCAGUCUUCAGAAAGCAGUGAUCUGGGUGCUGCUGCCAACGCAGUUGAUGGGAACAGAAAUGCAAGAUUUCAAAGUGGGUCCUGCACGCAAACAGAGGAAGAAUCUGAUCCGUGGUGGAGGUCCUGCAGAGGGACGCUACGUCACUGUGCUUCUCCGAGGAAGCAAGAAGGUCCUGACUCUCUGCGAGGUUGAAGUGUUCGUUGCAAACUAUGCACGGCCUUUACCCAAUGUGGCGCUGCAAGGAGAAGCCGCCCAGUCGUCAACGCUCUCUUUUGCCGCCGCCUCCAAAGCCAUCGAUGGGAGACGGAACUCCUUCUACAGCCACGGUUCCUGUAGCCACACUGCUGUAGGCGAGACCAACCCCUGGUGGAGGCUGGACCUGCGACAAACAUUUGUGAUCAUCUCCAUAAAAGUCACCAACAGAGGAGACUGCUGUGCUGAAAGACUGGACGGAGCUGAGAUCCUUGUCGGGGACUCGCUGCAGAACAAUGGAAACGACAACCCCAGGUGUGCUACCAUCUCCCACAUCGCAGCAGGUAAGACCUCCACAUACCAGUGUGAUGGAGGCAGCAUGGUGGGCCGCUUCGUCAACGUGAUGAUCCCUGGAAAGAGUAAGACUCUGACCCUGUGCGAAGUGGAAGUGUACGCUGUCCCAGCAGUGGAACCUCUUCCGAAUGUGGCCCUAAACAAACCAGCAGCACAGUCAACAGUGUCCAGUGAUGGGUUGCCCUCUCACGCCGUCAGUGGCUGUAGCAGUGGCGUCUAUGGAAAUCUAUGCUGUACCCACACCGUGCUCCAGCGGGACCCCUGGUGGAGAGUCGACUUGUUGGCUGUCCACAAGGUCAGCGCCGUCACCAUCUUCAACAGGGUCGACUGUUGUGCCGAAAGGCUUCUGGGCGCACAGAUUCUGAUCGGGAACUCACUGGAGAACAAUGGCAUGAAAAACCCCAGAUGUGGUGCCAUCUUCUCGCUGGACAACAGAAGAACAUUCACCUUCCAGUGUAACCUCAUGGAGGGCCGCUACGUCACUGUGGCGAUUCCAGGAGACAACGUUUUGACACUGUGUGAAGUGGAGGUGUACGCCUUCCCAGCUAUGCCAGAAGCUGAGACUCCAACUCCUCCUCCUCCUCCCCCGACCAUGAGCUCGCCGCUGGGUGGAAGGAACAUGAUGGUGGUGGGAAAGAGGCUCUGCUGGUCUGACGCUCUGUUCUACUGCAGGCGUUAUCACUGGGACCUGCUCAGUCUGCACAGUCAGGAGGAGCAAAGUGAGGUGGAGAAGCUGCUGGCUCGCGUUUCUUUCCCUCUGACAGGCUCCGUCUGGCUGGGACUGCACAGAUACAUAAUGGGAAAGAAUUGGUACUGGAUGUCCGGAAGUUCCAUGGAUUUCACCAAAUGGCCUCCAGACUUCGUCCCUCAGCAUUCCUCCAACUCCUGUGGAGGCCUGGACAGCACACAGAGCUUCCUGUGGAAGGACCUGCCCUGUCAGGAGCUCCUCAACUUCAUCUGCCAGUCAGGUGCUGAGGACGGAGCAGAGAGGGUUUAUUACUACAGCUCCAAACAAGCCACAAGUCCAUAG